UCAAAGCAGUGUUUCAAUGACUUCGUGUGAGAUGCUGCGUUGUUAUUGAUCGUAAAUAAUAUUUUUAUCAAUUAAUUUUACUUGUUAUGCGAGUAAUAAAUGUGAAGUGGUUCGACGAAAGCAUCGUCUGCAAGAUAGUGUUGGAUUAUUGCCAAUUUUUAUGACAGAAAUGUAUUUUACUGUGUAAACAAUUGUAUAUGCGGUGCUAUCAAGGGCGCCAGAAUGUCUGAUGAGCUCGAAGCUCGGAUGUGGAAUGAAGGAGGCUCCAGAUACGAAGCUAGAAGUCGAGGGGCGUACUAUGAGUCUGCGUUUGCUUCUUCAGAACAAAUGGAUCGAGCACCGUUGUUGGCCGAGGAGAGUUACGCGGAGGUCACAGUGACGACAUCUGGUGAAUCAGAGGAGCACUGCCACUGGAAGAGGCCGGAGCCUCCCAGUGCUGUACCUCAGCUGCUGGCGGCUUUGGUGCUUUGUUUCGUGUUUAUGAUAUGCGAGCUGAUCGGUGGCUACCUCGCCGGCAGUCUAUCGGUGAUGAGCGAUGCUGCUCACAUGUUAAGCGACUGUGGAGGUUUCGCGUUGGCAUUGCUCGCCUUCCGCUGUGCUUCCCGACCUCCCACCGCCAGUAUGUCUUACGGAUAUCGACGAGCUGAGGUGCUAGGUGCAAUGGCUUCAGUGCUGUUAAUAUGGGCGUUAACGGGCGUGUUCGUGUACGUGGCCGCCGUGCGUAUACAUACCGGCGAAUACAAUAUCGAACCAGACAUGAUGAUGAUAGUAUCUGGUUGUGGAGUCGGUUUUAAUGUUUUACUGGCUUUAGUGCUACACGGAUGUGCUUCGGAUAUCGCUCACCACCACACACACGGCGGCGCGGCAUGCGGACACACACAUACACAUUCGGAGGCCUCUCCUCAGCGGUUUAAGCUCUUCCGACGACGAGAGCACAAACAUACAAACGGGAACGUUCCCAAUGGUGAUUACAGGAUGAAGGACCUAAGCGCUGGUGAUGCAACGGUUAUAGGCAAUUCGCAAAGGAACAUAAAUCUCCGUGCUGCGCUCAUUCAUGUGAUCGGAGAUCUGAUUCAGAGCUGUGGGGUGCUCCUUGCAGCUGUCAUCAUUAAGUUUUACCCAGCAGCAAAAGUGAUAGAUCCCAUAUGCACGUUCAUGUUCAGCGUACUCGUCCUCUUGACGUCCGUGCGCGUCGUACGAGAUGCGCUCGCGAUGCUCAUGCAGGCUGUGCCUUCUGACUUCAGGUAUCGCGAGUGCGUUAGUGGCUUAUUGGCCGUGACGGGCGUGCGUCACGUGCACUCGGUCCACGCGUGGGCUUUGUCCACUCACCACGUGGUACUCACCGCACAUAUUGCCAUCGACGAGUUGGCGGAAUGGGAGGGAGUGCUGGCCACUUGCCAGAGGCUGGCGCGGUCCAUGGGCGUGAGCAGCGCCUGCUUCCAGGUGGAGCGGUUCUCGGGGGACAUGGCUCUCUGCGACACUUGCACGAGACUCGCCGCGCCCUGACAUCUCUCCACGCUGUGUCGUUAGGCGAUAAGACGUGGGCAAUAGACGACACAGGCGACUUUAUAAAUGUGAUAGAUGUAUUGAAAUAAAAAAAAAACAUUCCUUUGUCCUGCAGGCUAGCCUCGAGCCUCUGAGAGAUCUAAGAAUUCUAAGUAUUUUUAUAAUUCCGCAGAUAUUAACGAUUCUUACGAUUUCAAUAUUUUUUCAUAAACGUAGAUUUUUUAAUUUAAACGUAGAUUAGGACUUUAACAGAUCUCAGCAACGCAGAGUGCAUAAGAUUCGAUUUAUUGACAAUUUACACUUUUCCUUUAACAUUGUACAUUCAUAAUAUUAUUCAUUUCUGCUGAUUGGUAGCUCUGUUUAAAUUAAAUCUUACAAUUAUUUGGAGAAACGUUUUUAAAUGAAUGAGACCAAAAUAUGAACUCAGGACGGUCCUUAUGCACUCUGUGUGUAUUUCUCGUUAGCACAAAUAGAUAUUUUUUUGAGUUAUUUCUAGUGAAUUAGUUAAAAUGAUGUAAAAGUAGCGCGUGCUAUGGAGUGCCAAAUGUAACCGGCUAUGUAAAGACAAAUAAAUUAACUUUAAGGGUAUUUCAAUGUAUAUAUGACUGUUAUGACAUAGGUUAAUUAAUUUAAUGUUAUAUUUAUAAAUAUUGAUCAAGUAUUAUAACCUUCAAAUGCUCCUUUUCGAGAGCUGUCAAACCGUAUUUUCUUUCGGUUCGAUAUAAUGGCAUCGCUCAAGCCAACCUGAGCUAGCGCAUUGGGCUGGACCCAUCUGUUAGAUUUAAGUAGAUUCAAUCACCACAAAGUUUCAAAUUAUUUUCUCAAAUCUCUCCUCUCAGUAUUUCUAUUUCUUAAACAAAAUCUCGCUCAUUUGUUGCUCACUUAUUAAAAAUUACUAGUUAAUGGCCAUUGUCUAGACCUUUUCGAGAAAAAAUAGUUUUAUGCGGUGAAUUUUAUAUUUAAGUUUUGAAACGGUUGAAGUAAACAUUGGCCUUGUGUCCAAAGAUUCCCUCAAAUGGUGUACUUAAAUGUUUUUAAUAUUAUGCUCAAAUCUGUAUUGUGAUAGCUUUGUAAAUAUUAAUGUUAAUUGUGAAUACACUACAACACAAUAACACGACCGACACAUUUUUGCGUAAAGUCGAAAAAUGGUUCAGUUUAACAAUACAGAACGGUACGUAAUCGCACUUCAGACUAACAAUUUGGUUUUGAAGAGGCCCAAAAUACGAUUACUUAGGAGAAUGUGGCUUCGUGUUAUUGUGUUUUCAUAUGUAUAUACGUGAGAAUUAAAAGUAUUAAGAACUGAGAAACUCGGAAUUGUAAUAUUAUGAUAAACUGAUUUAUAAAAGUAUUAACUUGGGUACGAAUUGAAUAAAUUGCAGUUAAAAAACUCAAGAUAAAGUGACCAAUAAAACACCAUCAGUUUGAAUGUUCAUAAUAUUACAGUUUCUUGUCUAAUGUCUGAAGAAGUGAAUUCGUUUUAAUUAAAUUAAAUUUGACUUGAGGUAUAUUUUUAAGAAUGCAUUGAAAUGUUGAAUAGUGCUCUUUCAGCCAAAUUAUAACCAAAAAGUUUUGAUAUUUUGUAGUCGGACGUUGUUAAUUAAGAUGUUUAAUUUAGUUGAUGUUAAUUGCCGUCCUUUGUAAAAUCUGUUGUAAUCGAUGAUAUUAAAGAGAAAUUGACAAUUA